UAUUUUUCAACACAAAAACAUUUACUUGAUAAUUUUACCCAGCAAGAUGGUUAAAUUUACAAGUCAGUAAUAGCUUUCUCCAGUCAAAGUAUAUGGGGUGUUAACAGUUGGUUGUUAGUUAUAACAGAUUUAGUCCAGAGACUAAUAAGUAAUUCGAGAUCCAUUAUCAAGCAAAAAAAAAAAAAAAAAAAAAGAAGAAAAGGGGUUCCAUCUAGAAACAUCUGAUCUUUAACUGUCUAUAAAACUCAGUGCAGAAAGAGAAAGAGCAAGUACCUUCCAUUUCCCAUUUUUCUUCAACCAAAUUAAUCUCCCAAAAAACACUUUUCUCUUGCGAUCAGAAGAACCAUUGUGAAAGAAAACAACACCAGCAGCCAUGGCUGAUGAUCAUAAUGAAGGGCCCCCAGAUGAAUUUCCAGCAGUUAUUUCCUAUAUAAAGCGCAUGCUUUUGGAUUAUGAAUCCUCCAAUGACGAGUUGGAAGGAAAUAAUGAACCUGAAGAAAAUGCGCAAGAAGCAUUGCAAAUGCUAGAAGAAUUUCUUCUUGAUCAGGAAGUGCAAGAAGAAUCUGUUCCUGAUCAGCAAAUGCAAGAAACUGAAGUUGAAGUCAUUGCUCCAGAAGAACAACCACAGCAAGUAGCACAAUUUUCCUUCAACCAUGUCCCUCCUCAUCUCCUGCCAGUCCAAAGCCCCCGAGACGUAAUUCAGUUUCAAGAACGUGAACAACUAGAACAAGGCUCCUCCUCUGGAAUCAACAACUAUGUCCCUUCUUGUACCUCAUCAAUCGCAAGCCUCCAAGGCAUGGCUGCACAAUCACAACAACCAGGACAGACUUCACUCUAUGUACCUGGUUCUCUCCCAAGCCUCCAAGAGUUCGGUCAAUUUCAAGAACAUGCAGCCCAACAUCACCAAGAAGCCAUUGCAGCAGCACAAGGCAUGGCUGCACAAUCACAACAACUAGAACAAAGUUCGUCCUACAGAGGCUAUGUCUCAUUUGGCCUCCCACCAGUCCCAAGCCUCCAACACUCGACUCAAUUUCAAGAACAUGCAGCCCAAGAAGCCAUUGCAGCUCUGCAAGUAGAACAAGGUUCGUUCUACGGAAGCUAUACCCCUCCAGUCCCCCGAAGCCUCCAAAAUUUGAUCGGAAGGUGCAGCGAGCCUUUUGAGAAGCAGUUGUCAGGCACUGAUGUGGCGUUGGGCUCAACUUCGCUGACCAUUAGCAAAGAAGACGUGAAAAGGCACAUCUUGCCAUUGUUGAAGGCUAAUGAAGUUCCUGAAGAAGGCAUCCAGGUCACAGUGUAUGACAUUGCUGGUGAAGAGUACCCUAUGCUGUUCAAACGCCGCCGCUAUCGCUAUUUCCUUGUAGGUCCAAAAUGGAGACGUUUAUAUCAACGUCAUGGCCUGGAAGGGGACCAACAUUCUCUCACAUUCUGGGCUUUCCGGAAGGUGCGACCUGAAAGCCUUUGCUUUGUCAUCACUUGGAGAAGGUUGCCUGCCAGGUAA